AUGAGCGGCGAAGCACCUAGACGAAGCGCGAGGAACGCUGGCAAGCCUGCCCCGUCCGCGCCUGCCCCUGCGCCCGCUGCGGCCAAGCGCAAAUCGGCCGGCGCCCCGAGCGGUGCUGCUGCUGAGAAGAAGGCCAAGCCGGCCGCAUCCAAGCCCGCUGCUGUCGGCCAGCUCAAGGUCGGCGACGCGCUACCUUCGUUCAAGCUCAAGCUGCAGGACGGCAAAGAGAUCGACACUGCCACGCUGAAGAACGCAGUGCUCUUCUCCUACCCGCGCGCCAACACAUCCGGCUGCACAACACAGGCCAAGCUGUACCGCGACAACCACGCCUCCUUCACCUCAUCCUCCUACACCGUCUACGGUCUCUCCAACGACUCACCCACCUCGCUCUCGUCCUGGAAGGACAAGCAGAAGUUUCCCUACGAUCUCAUCUCGGACCCGCAGCGCAAGCUCAUCAAGGCCCUCACGGGCAGUGACGACAAGACGAGACGCAGCCACUUUGUCGUCGACAAGCAGGGCAAGCUGGCGUUUGUCGAGCUCAGCGUCAAGCCGGUCGAGAGCUGGGAGUCCGCGUUGGAGUUUGUUCAGAAGAAGUGA